UAAACGGUGAAACGCGUCGUACGCAACAUGCGCCAUUGAAAAUAAACGACAAAGCUAGCCGAAGUUUCACGGCAUUUCUUGUAGAAACUCGUGUAGUUUCUGUAAUUUGUUUAUCUGUAAAUAACAAUGGAGACAAUUUUAGAGCAACAGCGUCGCUAUCAUGAGGAGAAAGAAAGGCUCUUGGAUGCUAAAACAAAGGAAAUGAUGCAUAAGAAAACCACUUUACGCGAACAAAUUAACUCAGACCAUCGAACAAGAGCAAUGUUGGAUAGAUACAUGGAAGUAAGCGCAACUAUCAGAGACGCAUAUGAGGACAAAGAUGGGAUGAGGAAAGAUGAGCUGACUGCAAUCUCAGGCCCCAAUGAGUUUGCAGAAUUCUACAACCGACUGAAACAGAUCAAGGAAUUUCACCGGAAGCAUCCUAAUGAGAUCUGUGUGCCCAUGUCCGUGGAGUUUGACGAACUGGUUAAGGCUAGAGAGAACCCAACUGAAGAGUCGCAGAACAUGGUGGAGUUUAGUGAUGAGGAGGCGUAUGGACGCUACCUGGAUCUUCAUGACUGUUAUCUGAAGUUCAUCAACCUCAAAGGGGCAGAGAAACUUGAGUACAUCAGCUACCUGGCCUCGUUUGACCAGCUGUUUGAUAUCCCCAAGGACAGAAAGAACGCUGAAUACAAAAAGUACUUAGAGAUGUUACUGGAAUACCUUCAGGACUACACAGAGAGAGUCAAACCUCUGCUAGACCAAAAUGAUCUUUACGGCAAGAUCCUGGUGGAUUUUGAGAAGAAGUGGGAGAUUGGGACUUUCCCUGGCUGGCCAAAAGAGACAAGCAGUGCUUUGACUCAUGCCGGAGCUCAUCUGGACCUUUCUGCUUUCUCCUCUUGGGAGGAGUUGGCUUCCCUGGGUCUGGACAGGUUGAAGUCAGCCCUUAUGGCGUUGGGCCUGAAAUGUGGAGGAACCCUGGAGGAGAGAGCUCAGAGGCUGUUUAGCACCAAAGGCAAAUCCCUGGAAUUGCUGGAUCCCUCCCUGUUUGCAAAGAACCCCAAGUCUAAGGGACCCAAGAAAGACACGGAGCGCAACAAAGAAAUUGCCUUUCUGGAGUCUCAGGUUUAUGAGUAUGUGGAAAUCCUCGGGGAGCAGAGGCAGUUGACCCAUGAGAACGUCCAGAGGAAGCAGGCCCGGACAGGAGAAGAGAGGGAGGAGGAAGAGGAGGAGCAGCUCAGUGAGAGUGAGAGCGAAGAUGAGGACAAUGAGAUCAUCUACAACCCUAAGAACCUGCCCCUUGGCUGGGAUGGAAAGCCCAUUCCAUACUGGCUGUAUAAACUCCAUGGCCUGAACAUCAACUACAACUGUGAGAUCUGUGGGAACUACACAUAUAGAGGACCCAAAGCUUUCCAGCGCCACUUUGCAGAGUGGCGUCAUGCCCACGGCAUGCGCUGUCUGGGAAUCCCCAACACGGCUCACUUUGCCAACGUCACCCAGAUCGAAGACGCAGUCUCUCUGUGGUCCAAGCUAAAGUCCCAGAAAGCAUCAGAGCGGUGGCAACCAGAUACCGAGGAGGAGUAUGAGGACUCCAGUGGAAACGUCGUCAACAAGAAGACCUAUGAGGACCUGAAGAGACAGGGUCUGCUGUAGAGAGACCAGAGGGGAAGACUGAAAACCUGAAAGCAAAAAAAAACGUCUGAAGAGAGACCAUACCCAGUGAUAUAGUUUGAUUUGAACUGUGACCUUCAUUUACACAUUAACUGUUGUAAGUUUUAUUGUAAGUUGUAAUGUUGUUUUUAUUCAUUCCUCUAUUUGAUUAGCAUUUUGAAAUGGCGCAGCCAGUGAUUCUAAUAAAUUUUGAGUAGUAUUUGUCA